ACCAUGGCUGACAGAGCUGCUGCCGAAAGGGCUUGCAAGGACCCCAACCCCAUCAUCGAUGGCAGGAAAGCCAACGUGAACCUGGCCUACCUGGGUGCCAAGCCGCGGAUAAUGCAGCCAGGUUUUGCCUUUGGUGUCCAGCAGCUUCAUCCAGCUCUCAUACAGAGGCCUUUUGGGAUACCUGCUCACUAUGUCUAUCCACAGGCUUUUGUGCAGCCCGGAGUGGUAAUUCCCCACGUUCAGCCC